AUGCGGCUGCUGCUUGUCCAGCGCCGCUGCGCCGACCCCUUCGUCACGGUGUCGGUGUCGCUCAGCGAGGACACCCUUCGCAGAUACGCCGCCGACCGCCGCGCCAGCGCCGACCACUUCCCGUGGCUUGCGAGGGUGAGCCCGGCGCUCCGCCUCACGUCGGAAGUGACGGGUGCUGGCGCGAGUCGCGCCGAAUACUGGAGACUGCGGCGCGGCGAAGAGAAUGGCGCGAAUCUGCGGCGACGCCUCUUGCAGUCCGGCAAGGUGCAGCACUACGAGGGCGAGCGAGGCGCGGAGCGGUGGGUGCGCAUGGAGUUAGCCAGCGGCAACGUGCAGCACUACGAGGGCGAGCGGGGUGCGGAGCGGGUGGUGUGCGCGGAGUUUCCCAGUGGCAACGUGAAGUACUACGAGGGCGAAAAAGGCGCGGAGCGGAGGGUGCGCACGGUGUUUGCCGACGGCAACGUGCAGUACUACGAGGGCGAGAAGGGUGCGGAGCGGAUGGUGCGCGUGGAGUAUACCGACGGCAACGUGCAGUACUACGAGGGCGAGAAGGGUGCGGAGCGGAUGGUGCGCGUGGAGUAUACCGACGGCGAGGUGCAGCUCUUCGAGGGCGAGAAAGGUGCGGAGCGGAAGGUGCGCGCGGUGUUUAACGGCGACGUGCAGCACUACGAGGGCGAGCGAGGCGCGGAGCGGGUGGUGCGCAUGGUGUUUGCCAACGGCAACGUGGUGCACUUCGAGGGCGAGAGAGCUGCGGAGCGGAUGGUGCGCAUGGAGUUGCCCGACGGCACUGUGCUGCACUACGAGGGCGACAAAGGUGCGGAGCGGUGUGUGCGCAUGGAGUUGGCCGACGGCACUGUGCUGCACUACGAGGGCGAGCGAGGUGCGGAGCGGAUGGCGCAGGCAGGCGCGAGCGAGGACAAGGCGGCCGCGGAGAAGCGCUACAAGGCCAUGCGGGUCGCAGAGCUGAGGAGCGAGUGCGGGCGCCUCGGCUUGGCCACCACCGGCGUCAAAGCAGCGCUCGUGGCGCGCCUCCUGGCGGCCUGA